GCCAGGGAACCGGCCGGGGGGCGCUGCGCUGCGCUGCUUACCGGGAAGUGAACAAAAACAAGCGAGGAGCAGCGAUCGCUACCGGGAGCAGGACACGGAGGGGCAGAACCGCGAGCUUAUGAUGGACCAUGGUGACAAAACUCAUGCACUCCAUAAUAUAAGCCUGACGCUUGGUUGUCUUGACAAUAAUAAUAAUAAAGCCCGCUUGCUGACCCGGACGUCAAGAAACGCUGCAUAGCAGGUUUGGGCAAUUCGGUGGGACAUGAGGGCACUGGAAGGAGAGGCAUGGGAUGGAAGUGCCUUGCGGUGUGGGCGUGAAUGCACAGGAGAUGGAAAAUGGAUUCAGGAGGGCAGGUGGUGGUGACAGCAGACAAGGAGAAAGCUUAUACCAGGAGUAUCACUGUAAACCUGAUGCAUCCUCUCACUUAAGGACAGUUGAAGGUUUCAUGGGCCAAGAUGGACUGUCGGUGCCCCCUGUGAAGAAAGUGAAGACAUGCAGCAGACCAAGGGAGUACUGGCAGGACCAGAAGAUGAUUGAAGGGCAGGUGGAGAUUAAGAUGAAUUUUGAGCCUAUGUUGGCUGAGUUGUUAGAUGUUAAGCUAGGGGAGAUGUUUGAACAGACCAAGUCAGAUUUUGACAUCCCUUUGUCCUCGUCCUCAUCCCAUCUGGUCAAUGGAGUCAUACAUGGUGAUUGUGGGAGGGGAUGCUGGCACCAUGAUUCAGGGGAAGAAAGACCAGACAGUCUUGACCUUAGUUCCUCUUCCAUGGAGACUUGUCCGCAAGAUGGAGGAAGCACGUUGGGGUUUGGAAAACCAGAGGAGGACGAGAUGGCCUCAAGAGAAGAGGAGAGUGAUAGAUUUUUUGGACUUGGUGACUGGGGGAAAUCGGGCCAAGGUGCAGGUGAGGGGGAGGAGGACCAGAAGGGUGAAGGAAACAAUGGUGGCGGUUCAAGGACAUGCAAGGAUCCAGGGGCGCAGCGAUUUGGGGACAGAAAAAGAGUCCGGGCCCGUGGUGGCAAGACGGCCAUAUCGGGAGAGCGGGACCUGAGUCAUCAGCAGCACUCAUUCUCAUUUUCCAAACCAGCGCCUUCUGGAGGGCGACACCGGCAAGCCAGGAGACGGACCAGCCACCACCACCACCACAGCAGAUCUGAUGGCUCUGCUCUGUCCCGUCUCUCCCAGAGCUGCCGAAAGCUGCUGUCUGAGUCCCUGUGCCCAUGGUGCCUGUCUUAUGUGUGCAUGGUGGUGGAUCUCAUCGUUUUAGUGGCCCACCACUGUGGCGAAGUGGUGGAAGGUGUCGGGGUUGCGCUCUACCUUUCGGUUGGCCGGCUGCUCUGCAAGGCUGCAGACCUGUCCGCCGUGAAGGCGGAGGCCAGUCAUUUGCUGCAUAGGUUGACCUCCGCUGGAGUGGCUUUAGCAACCUGGAGUACAAAGAUGGCAGCACAUGGCUACGGGGCAUGGCUUUUCUGUCUCAGGGUUCUGUACAUUGCCUUGCUCCUGGGCACUGGGUGGGUGAGAGGCUUCCUGGGCAAGGUAGCUGCGGAGAGGAGCUGCCGGUGGUGGGAUUCACUUCGGCGCUCAAGAGCUUGGGCAUGGAUGGUGAAGAUGUGGGGCAAAGCCCAGACAGCUAUGGGGAGGACUGGCCUUCCAGAACCACCCUUUAUUCCCAAGCCUCCCAAUGACUCAGGGAGAAGUUACCCUGAACAUGAACUGGAGCGCCUGCUUGCAUUAGCAGAGGUUCCCGAAGAGGAGCUGGAUCCAUUUGUCGUACUGGGAGUAGAAGCUGACGCCACAGAUCCUGAACUGAAGAGAGCCUACAGGCAACUGGCUGUUCUCGUUCAUCCAGACAAGAACAAGCACCCGUCUGCUGGAGAGGCCUUUAAGGUCUUGAGAGCAGCCUGGGAUAUUGUUAGCUGCCCAGAAAUGCGCAGGGAGUACCAAAUGAAGCGCAUGGCAGAGACUGAGCUGUCUAAGUCCAUGAACGAAUUUCUCACCAAGCUGCAGGAUGAUCUAAAGGAGGCCAUGAACUCCAUGAUGUGCACCAGAUGCAAUGGCAAACACAGGAGGUUCGAAAUGGAGAGGGAUCCCAGCCAGGCCAGGUUCUGCGCCGAGUGCAACAAGCAUCACGGCGUAGAAGAUGGUGACCUCUGGGCCGAGUCCAGCAUGCUGGGAUUGCGUAUAACCUACUUCGCCUUCAUAGACGGGAAGGUGUACGACAUCACGGAGUGGGCCGGUUGCCAGCGGAUUGGAAUUUCUCCCGAUACUCAUCGCGUGCCCUACCACAUCUCCUUCAGCUCGAAGCACGCCACUGGCGCUACGCAGCAGAAGGCUUCUUCUGAGCCGCCUCCUGGACCAAGCUCUCCCGCCGACCUUUGGGACGUCUUCAGUCGCAUUUUCCAGGGAACAGUUCCUAAUGGCACUGCAGCCGGUGGAGGCUUUUAUCCCCCCUCGCCCUCGUCCUACCAGCCCAAUGGUUCAAACACCUCUUUUCCGACCUCUGCAUCACAAACGGGACCCUUUGGCCCAGGGGGGCCCAAGGCUGAGGGUCCCAAGCCUUCCCGCAGGAGAAAGAAAGUACGCAGGCCAUUCCAGCGCUGAGCAGAGUUUAACAACUGAUGUUUUAUGUCUUAGGAGCCUCUGCAUUUGCCCUCCACACCUCUAGACAUUUAUGAGAAGGUUCGUGGACAAGGCUACUGACUCUUAAAUGGAGGGGAAGGGAUAGUUUGUUCCAUUUUUGUUUCUUUGCAUUUUUUGUUGUGAAAUGGAAAUGUAGCCAUAUGAUCCUAAAGCUCAAAGGCGCAGUUGGAGGCAAGGAGCCUUUGAUGCUCAGAACCAUAACUUCACAUUCAGAGAAUGGCCGAGGGUGAUCUCAGACAGGACCUAGCAAAUGAGCUGUCAUGAAUUCCACUGAUUGAAGGCCACCUGCUUCAUGUAAAUAUGGACUGGGGGCUCCGGACCACCUGCGCUGUUUGUGGGCUGGUCAAGAUGUGUUACGGAGGGAUGCUUCAGAAGGUUUCACUAAAUAGCACCUCUGUUGCUUCCUUCGUUGUCAAAUCUGACUCAUGGUCCACCAUGUCUGCUUCCCUAUUGAUUGAGAUAUAGCAAAUCGUUAAAUGGCAAUGAGGACGUGUGAUAACAAUUGCACUUAUGUUUCGUUCAGUUCUCAUAUUUUGAAGUUUAAAUGUGUUCAAUGAAAGCAAUCUUGAGUAUAACCACCUUGCCUUUUUGCGCUGUAAAAAUGUAGGAGAAACUUCAGAAGAAGAUUCAUCGACAUGGGGGAAAUUCAAAGAUCUGGACGCUAACGUCUGACUUGAAGCAAUAUGCGUUUUGUAAAAUUGUUUGUGUUGUUUUUAGUGCAGAAAUAUGUGAUAAAUAACUGAUCCUGCGCAUUUCCUAGGAUGUUCUGUGUGUCAGUGUAGAGGGUAUGUAUUGAUGAAAUUCAUGGAAUACGUAUGGAGUAAAUACAAAUUCUUAAAUAUUUUAA